AUGUAUCCAGUUGGACCUUCCAGUGGCCAAAAUCCUGCAGCUUCUCCAAUGGUUCACCCAGUUUCAGGCUUCUGGCAGUACGAAAACGCUACGGUCUCGACUCUCAUGGACUCACUUCUACGCAUGGCUACACAGAAUAAUCCAAACGGAUGGCUCGUGGCGGGCGCUGACGGUUUCGAACACGCCGGAAGGGAUUCUACAAGCACAUCACUGAUCCCGGCGCACCCUCACUUGAAGCUCAAGUUGACCAACUCUAGGGAACUCUGGAAUUUUAGGACGGCUACUGAAUCACCGCAUUUGGAUCAUUUCUUCCAAUGCGUGUUGAGGAACAUGAAGGGUGCAGGGGAGCCAACAUGGGACUACGAAGAUGCCUUGGGUGAUGACAUCCGUCCCUCUCGUUCGCGUCUGCCCGCGGAGAUCAGGCUUGAGAAGCACAACAAAACAGUGAUUCCCAAUUCUGAGAGAGUAUCCCAUGGAAACCCUGGCAUUCCUCCUCACUGGAAACCUGAAAUCAAGCACAACACCCUCAGCCGCACGCUGCGCCCACCCAGCAUCGAGCACAUUGAUUAUAACAGUGGAGGAAGGACUUUGCACGGCAACCACGGGAUAGUGCUUCAACGUGUUCUGGUUACACCGGCGUACUGGUUGUGUAUGAGCAAUUGUGGCCUUGCGGCACUCGCUAACGCUCAGCCGUGCCUCUGGUGCUGGUCACAGCUUGCUGGGGGCAAGCCCCCUGGACCCCCUGGUACACAUGUUUAA